AUGCCCCUUUCCGACGGCGUCCCCUCAUCGCCGCCUGGCCCCAGCACCUCCCUCGAGGACUCCUUGAAAUACUACAAAGCGCAAUACGAACUACUAGAGGCUGAACUUGCCGACUUUCAAGCCUCGAGCAAAGAUCUUGAAGCCGAACUUGAAAAGGAUAUAGAGGCAUCCGAAAAGCGCGAACGCCAGUUAAAGGAGAAGACGACCAACCUCCAGUACGAAGUUGACGAAUGGAAGACCAAAUACAAGCAAUCCAAAACAGAGGCCUCAAACGUCCAAAAUGCGCUACAGAAAGAAAUCACCGAGCUCCGAGACACCAACCGAACCCUCACGAUGCGACUUCGCGACAUCGAAGUGGCCAAUGAUGACUAUGAGAGAAAGCAACGAAACACGGAGUCUUCUCUGGAAGAUAUGGAAUCAAAAUACAAUCAGGCUAUCGAACGAAGCGUCUUGUUAGAGGAAGAAAUACGAACCGGAGACCAAGAACGAGAAGAUCUCCGAAUCGAAGCACAAAGGUUGAGGGAUGAAUUAUCGGACCUCAAGAUCGAGACUGAUAUCACCAAAGAGAAGCUCAGAAAGGCAAUUGAGAGCGCCGCGCGACCUGAAAAGAACCUGACCCUGCAACCUAUUGCGAUUUCAGCCUCUCCUCGUUCGGAAUUAUCACCCACCACUACCAAUGCAUCGUCACCCACCUUCGACACUCCACCGGCCCAGACGGCGUCGUCUUCCGGACUUUCUGAUACGCCCACUCCUCCAUCACCACCGAUUUCAGACAAGUCGGCCAAUGCUGCCAAAUCUUUUGCGACACCAGGAAUCCCCAAGACCCGGCUGUCGACGACUAGCAAUCCCUCAAUCCAACGUCCCUCUACGGCGGCCUCGACCUCCAAACCAAAUAACCAUGCUCGUGGCCCAUCAAUCCCGACGUUGGCACGAACGGGACCUUCAUCUUCACUUCGACAAAGCUUGUCAAGACCCGGAAAUGUACCACAACGACCUGCAGGAUUGCCUCACUCCACAUCGAUCAUUCAUCUCCGGAACUUGCGCGGGAAGAUGCAGAAAUUGGAAGAGCGGGUACAAACGGCCAGAUCGAAGCUCCCAGCUCCGGUAAACACUCCGCCGAGAAUGUCUCCGAGAAGUGGAUCGGCGCUGGGAAAUCAUAUUCCAUCCUCGGUCACUGUCCGUAGUCGAAAACGGACGGUGGGCAGCGGGACGGACUCGCUACCUGACAAGGCACAAGAGACUCCUUCCAUACCCAAGUCCAAGCCAAGCCGUUCCUCAUUGGGUCAACCACAACAGCCCCCGUCUCCCACGAGGACAGACAUGGCUGCACCACCAUUCAGGCCAUCAUCCCGAACAAGUGGUAUAUCAGGGCGGUCCUCCUUUGCGCCAAGCCAUAGCCGUCCGGGUAGUCGGGCAAGUGUGACUGGUAUCCGUGCCCCCUUGGGUAGUGGGGUCGGGUCGAAUUUUGCCCCGAACGCGUCGACAGACCGAGUUCGGCCGAAGAGCAGUCUAAGCAGUUACGGAUACGAUGGUGUGCUAGACGAAGAGAAUAUCGAUGUGACAGCGACAGACUUUAAAGAUGCAACGACCCCGACUCCGAGACGGACGACUUUCGCCAAACGGACCAGCGAUGUUGGCUCUUCCAUCCCCAGCCCUGUUAAACGGACCAGUCUUGGAGGGGCCACAAGCAAAUUACCCAGUCUUACUCGACGACAAAGCUCUGGUAUUGUUCGUGUUGACAGUAUGGCUGGCGAUAUGAGGCCCCCAUCCCGUCAAUUGAAUGAUGUAAAGGAAGGUUAUGACUUGAGUGAGACGUUUUGA